AAAACUGGCAACCUCCGAAAGUAGCCAUGAUUGUUUUGUUAUUGUGACAGGAAUUGGGAAGUGCCUGCGAAUGUUACAAGGGUGUAGAGAGGUUCUUGUUCGAUAUUCACGUUUUACUAGCAGUACGAUGAACCCAAAGACAGUGAGAAAGUAGAGUUUUUGUUUAAUUGAGCAGACAGCUUGACCAUUGACCACCAUGCUGGCUCGUGCUCUCCCCGGACACCCCUGGGGCUACCGUGUCCUGUUUGCUGCUUUCGUCCUCUUAGCCGUGAUGGACUUGCCAUUGGCCCGAGGUGACGUCGCUGUGAUUGACAUAGACCAAAACCGGACUAUAACCUCGUUCGCUGACAUGCAGGCUGGAUUUGGUAGCGAUUUUCCAGAGGAUGGUCUGGAGGGUUUCGUGGUGUACGCCAAACCUCACACAGCCUGCACCAAGUUGCUGAACCCAGCUCCGAAAGAGAAGGGUGACUACAAGUGGAUUCUGCUCAUUGCUCGGGGAGAUUCGUGCCAGUUUGCCGACAAGGUACUCAAUGCACAGAACAACAACUACGAUGCUGCUAUAGUCCAUGACGACCGCCAGGAAUCCCAUCUACCCGUCAUGGGUGGUGUCAAUGGGAGCAAAGUUCACAUUCCGUCUACAUUUGUUGGGCUCGAUUCUGGACAGAUGCUAGCCGGUGUCUACAAUGCCACCUCGAAGAAGUAUAUUGUUCGGAUCCAAGAGUCACCACAGUUCGACUACAAGAUGUACCUGUGGCCGUUUGCCAUUGUGGUGGCUGUCUGCUUCCUCAUGGUCAUGAUUUUCCUGAUCGUCAAGUUUGUACGUGAACACACUAAACGUAGGCUCAACCGGUUGUCGUCGAAACAUCUGAAAAAGAUUCCUGUUCGCAAGUACAAGAAAGGAGACUACUACGACACCUGUGCUAUCUGCCUUGAUGAGUAUGAGGAUGGGGAGAAAAUUCGAGUUUUGCCGUGCGACCAUGUGUACCACACCAAGUGCAUUGACCCGUGGCUGACCAAGAACAAGAAGACGUGCCCGGUGUGUAAACGCCGAGUCAUCCCUGGUCGUGACGCUGACUCCGAAGACUCUGACUCUGACUCUGAUGGAGGUUCUCGAGCGGAGAGCACUCCUCUUCUCCGUGGUGGGCCCAGUUCGAAUCCUGCUCGGUCUGCCUAUGGAGGGGCUACUAGUGCCCCUGGAGCAUCUGCAGAGGUCCACGAGGAAACUGAGACUCCCCAGGCCACGGGCGGUGUUGGCAUCUCGGACAUUGCCACAACUGUGACAGCGGAGGUAAAAGAGGAGACCCGGGGGCCCUCACGUUCUGAAAGACGUCGCCGACGACACGACCGGGAGCGCAGGCAGGACAGAGAGCAGAGACAGGAGUUGGCCAGUGGGCAGGUGGACCAGGGAGAGGAAGAUGGCGGGGCUGUAGGGGGCGCUGCUGCCUUAGGCCUGGCGGAAAAUGUGGCUCGCGAGCUGCAGAGGGAGGAGACGAGAGAGGAGCGCCGGGAGAGGAAGAGGAAGAAGAAGGAGGCCAAGAGGAAGAGGAGAGCGGACAAUGCCCCAAGGGUAAGUGAGGUGGCGGACGGGGACCGCCAGACUCUGCUGGAUGAUGAUACAGACGAGUUUGUCAGCGCUCACUCCAGCUUCAGAGAGGUCGAUCAGGGCUCUGACGAUCUGCAGAAAGCAGAGUUGGAGAGACAGAGGGAGAUUGAGAGAGAGAGGGAGGAGGAGAGACAGAGGGAACUAGAGAGGGAGAGGGAGGGGUACAUCAAUCCAAGCUAUUCUGAGAGUCAGGAGGUGACUGUAGCGGGAUCAGGCAAGAGGGAACUGAAUGAGGUGGUGUAGUCCUAGAGAAAGCUCUAGAAAGGGGAGGAGGGGGAGGGGCAGACAAUAUGAUAGAGGAA